AAAACAAAUAUAGAAAGACAACAUAAGAACAAAAGUCCCCUCACAUUCCCUAUAGCUACAUUACCUCGUAACCUCCUCUAUUUCCUUACUGGGCCCAAAAUCCAAAUUUGACAAGUGGGCCCAUCUCAAAAGCCCAUAACCAAAACUAGGGUUUCUACUUUCGUUUCAUAUAUAUACUUCACACAACACGUGUGCACCGGCGCGGUGCAGUGCAACCCUUCCCUGCCCUCCCAAAAAAACUGAAGAAAAAAAAAUCAAAAAAAUUUCAGUCUCCGAUCCCGUUCCGAUUACCGGCGGGUUUAUCCUUAGUCCAUUACACUCUCAAAAAUCAAAAUCCAAAAAAAAAAAAACUAUUUUUUUGUGAGAACUGAAGUGGUUAGGGUUUCGUUUUUGAUUAAUUAUUAUCAUCGAUUUGUGAAGUUUUGAUGGCGCAAAUUCAGGUUCAACACCAGACUCCGGCACCCGUUCCUGCACCUUCGAACGGUGUUGCUCCGAACGCGAAUCAGUUUGUGACGACGUCUUUGUACGUUGGUGAUCUUGAUUUGAAUGUUAACGAUUCUCAGCUUUACGAUCUGUUUAAUCAGGUUGGACAAGUUGUUUCUGUUAGGGUUUGUAGGGACUUGACUACGCGUCGUUCACUCGGUUAUGGUUAUGUUAAUUUCACUAACCCUCAGGAUGCGGCUAGGGCAUUGGAUGUGCUGAAUUUUACCCCACUGAACAACAAAUCUAUUAGGGUUAUGUAUUCUCAUCGUGAUCCUAGUAUUCGGAAGAGUGGCGCUGCUAAUAUUUUUAUCAAGAAUUUGGAUAAGACAAUUGACCACAAAGCUUUACAUGAUACCUUUUCUACUUUCGGACAUAUUCUGUCUUGCAAGAUAGCUACCGAUGGUUCUGGUCAGUCUAAAGGCUAUGGUUUUGUCCAAUUUGAGACUGCGGAAUCUGCUCAGAGUGCAAUUGACAAGUUAAAUGGCAUGCUGAUCAAUGACAAGCAGGUGUAUGUGGGUCAUUUCCUACGUAAGCAGGACAGAGAUAAUGAUCUUACUAAAACAAAAUUUAAUAAUGUCUAUGUGAAAAACUUAUCAGAGUCAUUUUCGGAAGAUGACUUGAAAAAUACUUUUGGAGAGUACGGCACUAUUACUAGUGCUGUUUUGAUGAGGGAUGCAGAUGGUAGGUCGAAGUGUUUUGGUUUUGUCAAUUUUGAAAGUCCUGAGGAUGCUGCUAAAGCUGUUGAGGCAUUGAAUGGAAAGAAAGUUGAUGACAAGGAGUGGUAUGUGGGAAAAGCCCAGAAAAAAUCUGAAAGGGAGCAAGAGCUGAAAGGUCGGUUUGAGCAGACUGUAAAGGAAACUGUAGACAAAUAUCAAGGGGUGAACCUUUAUCUCAAGAACUUGGAUGAUUCCAUUAGUGAUGAAAAACUCAAAGAGAUCUUCUCCGAGUUUGGCACAAUUACCUCAUACAAGAUUAUGCGCGACCCAAAUGGUGUCAGCAGAGGAUCUGGAUUUGUUGCAUUUUCAACUCCAGAGGAAGCAUCAAGAGCUCUUGGAGAGAUGAAUGGCAAAAUGAUUGUCAGCAAACCUCUUUAUGUUGCUGUUGCACAGAGAAAGGAAGAUAGAAAAGCAAGGUUGCAGGCACAAUUUUCACAAAUGAGGCCUGUUGCAAUUUCACCUUCUGUUGCUCCCCGAAUGCCACUCUACCCUCCUGGUGCUCCUGGUAUUGGACAACAAUUUAUGUAUGGUCAAGGACCCCCAGCCAUGAUGCCUCCUCCACAAGCUGGAUUUGGAUAUCAGCAGCAACUUGUUCCUGGGAUGAGACCUGGCGGUGGUCCAAUGCCAAGCUACUUUGUUCCAAUGGUUCAGCAGGGCCAACAAGGUCAGCGUCCUGGUGGACGCCGAGGUCCUGUUCAACAACCCCAGCAGCAACUGCCAAUGAUGCAGCAGCAGAUGCUUCCAAGGCAACGUGUUUAUCGCUACCCUCCUGGCCGCAACAACAUUCAAGAUGCCCCCGUGGCUGGAGGAAUGAUGUCCUAUGACAUGGGAGGUCUGCCACUCCGUGAUGUCUCGCCUAUGCCCAUUCAUGCUUUGGCUACAGCACUUGCGAAUGCUCCCCCUGAACAGCAGAGGACUAUGCUUGGAGAGGCUUUGUAUCCACUAGUAGAUCAGCUGGAACAUGAUUCUGCAGCUAAGGUUACUGGCAUGCUUUUGGAGAUGGACCAGCCUGAAGUAUUGCAUCUUAUUGAGUCACCAGAUGCUCUCAAGGCUAAAGUUGCUGAAGCCAUGGACGUGCUGAGAAACGUUGCUCAACAGCAAGGCAACAGCCCGGCAGAUCAACUAGCUUCACUUUCUCUCAACGAUAAUCUAUAAUCUCGUUUCUUAGAUUCUGUUAAUCAGCCAACAUGAAUACAACAAUCCUUUUUGUUCUGUCUUUUAGAUUGAUGAUGUUAGUUAUUGGUACUUUUGGUUUUUAUUUAUUGUUGGUGUGUUUUAGGUUUAUUACCACACAAGGAUUUAUGAUUUAUUUUUAAGUUUUAUGGAUCUACUGUUUGUUUAUUUUAUUUCCUUGAGAUUUACACAUUCC